GCAAUUGCAUUGCUUCUAUGUUUUGUUUGAAAAAAGAGGAAAAAAAAAAAAAGAAAAAAAAAGACGAGUGAGAGAAAUGAAAGGAAACGGUCUGUUGCGUAAAUGGCGAGGGAGAUUCUCUUCCCCCACCUCUACACAAACCUAAGUUUAAACCUAUUUGCAAAUUUGAGAGAUCUUCAGCUCCUCCUUAUUCAAUCCCAGCUUUCCAGACAAUUCUUCGCUCUCUCCAUCAUGUGAUUCAUUUUGCUGUGCUCUCAAUGAUACCAAUCAUCCAUUGAUUGCUUAUUCCUUUCCCUUUCUUCAUGCCAUGCCGCAUUUGUUUUCUUCAUCUUUUCUUCUAUCAAGAAGUGUUUCUUCUACUUCUUUUUGCUUGCACCGGAUUUCUUCAGGGAAAAAGGCUACAGCCCAGUAUUGGCGUCUAUUCAUCUGACUUUUCCCGGGAAAUGGUAGCAGAGGUCGUUGAAUCAAGGAAGAAGGGUGGUCUUGGGGUUUUUGGAUUGUGAUGUCUUCUGGUGGAGAAGCUGAUAAGCAAUGGACUUGUGCAAAAGCCGGCGUUGCCAGUUUGCAGAAAGUGGGUUUGAUUGUGCGAGACAUUGGCGAGCCAUGCCUUUCACAAUCGCCCAUAAAGGUUGUUAUAACUUGUUCAUGCAAAAUUUGGAGCGCUGUUCCCAUGGUGCAGGUAAACAGAAUGCUCAAGCCAGAGAAGUGGCUGGCGGCAUUUGAUAGUGAUGGAAAGGCUCUUGGCUUUCAGAAGACACUCAAAUCAAUAGUUUUGGGGGGUGUGGAUCCAUCUAUUAGGGCAGAAGUAUGGGAAUUUUUGCUUGGUUGUUAUGCUGUAGGUAGCACUGCUGAGCACCGAGGCCAACUAAGAACUGCCAGAAGGGAACGUUACAAGGACCUGAUAGAGGAGUGUCGGAUGAUACAUUCUAGCAUAGGAACUGGUUCUCUUGCCUACCCUGUGGGUUCUAAAGUUAUGGAUAUGAGGACGUCAUCUAAAGAUGGACCAAGGGAAGCUGAGAGUGAAAGUAGAGAAGUUUCCGUUCAUAAUACUAAUACAGUAGAAGAUUCUUUUUGUAGGAAUAAUAAUUGUAUAGAUAAAUCAUACACAUGCCGAAGGGAAAGCUCGAGUGAUUCAGCAGAACUUGCAAGCAUUAGGGAAAGUACAGAUAGUGUGGCAGAUGGAUCUACCUGUUGUGUCCCUAUUUCUGGUCCUUGCAAUUGUUAUUCCCUAAAACCUGGGAGUGAAGCAGAUGGAUCAGCAAUUGUUACAGAAAAUGAUUAUGAUUUUCCUCCUCUACCAGUCAUUGACUUGUUUAAGGACAACAAAGAUAAGAACAAAUAUUUCCUUCAUAAUGCCAAACUUUCAACUCAACGUGAACUGAGAUUUGAAGAUGGCAGCAUGCACAGUUUUCAGAUAAAUAACAAUGAAGAUUUAGUUAUUGAAUCAACUGCCUCGUCCUCUAACAAUGUUUCUCAUCCCAUUAGCUCUGAAACUGAAAUAAUACAUCUUGAUUCAAGUGAUCCAGAAUUUCAGCAGAAUAGCUUGUGCAAUAACAAGAAGCCAACUGUACCAGAAACGAAAUACUUAAAUGCAACAGUCUACCGUAAUAAUGCUGUCAGUGAAGACAGAGUAUCUGAAUGGCUUUGGACCCUGCACCGAAUAGUGGUAGAUGUGGUUCGAACAGAUAGUCAUCUUGAGUUCUAUGAGGAUACAAGAAACUUAGCUAGGAUGUCAGAUAUCCUUGCAGUUUAUGCAUGGGUUGAUCCUGCAACUGGUUAUUGUCAAGGAAUGAGUGACUUGCUGUCUCCUUUUGUUGUUCUAUUUGAGGAUAAUGCUGAUGCAUUUUGGUGCUUCGAGAUGCUCUUAAGGAGAAUGCGUGAGAAUUUUCAAAUGGAAGGCCCAACUCGGGUGAUGAAACAGUUGGAAGCAUUGUGGAAAAUUUUGGAACUUACUGACAAGGAAAUCUUCACUCACCUGUCACAUGUAGGUGCUGAGAGCCUACAUUUUGCAUUUCCGAUGCUUUUGGUACUUUUUCGUCGGGAGUUAUCAUUUAAUGAGGCACUUUGUAUGUGGGAGAUGAUGUGGGCUGCUGAUUUUGAUGAAUCAAGAGUUUACAGUUUAGAGGGUAGUUGUCUAGAAGCAUUGACAUUACAACUUCCAAGAGGCUCGGAAGUGGAAACAAAUGAAGGAGACAUGGAGAAUAGUCACAUUAACAUGAAAGACACCUUACAAUCAACUAAUGGAAAUUUGGAACGUUCUUCAUGUGACAAUGCUGGAAUGAAGUCAACAUCUGCUCAUGCUUUUUGUGGCUUGACAAGGAAUCUUUGUUCAAGGAAUGAUCCUAUGAAGAAGUGCACUGUAAUAUCAUCAACUAAGCAGGGUGAUGACGAGCUUCCUGUUUAUUGUGUUGCAGCAAUCCUUAUAAUGAAUCGCCAAAAGAUAAUUAGAGAAACACGUUCUAUUGAUGAUCUGAUAAAGAUUUUUAAUGAUAAGAUGCUGAAGAUUAGUGUCAAAAGAUGUAUACGUACAGCAAUCAAAUUGCGGAAGAAAUAUUUUUCCAAGGUAAUCAAGAAAAGGAGCCUCCGAUCUCGUUAUGAGGACUAGAGCUGCACCAUUUAUACGAAGCAACAAAAUUAUAAUAGCUGUUAUGAAACAGUUGAAAAAUGCAUCGGCAGUUCAAAGAUUCAAACUGAAGUUUAUGCGACUGCCUCUGCUUCAGAUUCUUUAUUGACUUUUAAUCAUGUUCAAGCUCAUGACCGCAAGCAUUGCCAUGUUACGUUUUCCUUUUUAUUAUGGUAGGCAUUGCCGUGAUAUGUUAUCCUUUUUAUUUAUGGUAGGCAAUGUUUUGAUUGUUGGAAAUUUUCUUAUUCUUAGACUAUAACAUAAAUUAAAUACUUCAUUCAAAAGUCCCAAGAAAAAUUGAUCGAUGCUCUACACUUCACAGAACACCCACUAAGAAACUAAGAGAACAAAAUAGUUCAAGGAAAAAAUGGGAAAAAAAUUGUGCAAACGCAGGGUUCGGAACACUGAACCCUAAACACAGUAAUUUAAUUCCCAAGCUUUAGAACACUGUUGCCUGUACACAAUAAUCUAAUUUCCAUGCUUCAGAACACUAAUCUCCAAACACAGUAAUCUCAUUCCCAGGUUUUGAGAACUCCAAAACAAACCCCCAAGAAUUUGAUUUCCAGGGUUCUGAUUCUGAAACAAGGGGCCGAGUGUUACAUUAUCUCUUAUAUGGGUUUCCUUGUUACUCUCCGAAUGGUAUGGCAAGAAAUUUAGAUGUCAGAUAUCCUCAUAUGUUCUAGAAUUUAGACGAUGGACAUCCUUGAAUAAUUUGUGUAUGUUUUGCUAAAAAAUCACGUGGGAUAUGCACAGGACGAGGGUGCUUGACCCUUGCUCAUUUGGUUUUGUAUUUUCUUUCCUUGUUAUAUCUUUACUGUCAUGAGAGCUCCCAUCAAAGUGAUAUAAAUUCUUUACUACCUUUAUAACAACCUUGGUUUGUAGGUUUUGGUGUAAUCUCUGUUUUGUUUUGGUCUCUUUUCUGGUUUAAACUUCAGUUUCUGUUUUCAACUUUUUACCUAGGUAAAGGACUUAGUUGCUCAUUAGACUGGCUACUGGUUAGUUAAGAAACAAAGGCUGGCUUGUAGCUUUUAAAUAGGGGUCCCUAGGUUAUAAGAAGUUCUUUUAGAUCAAUACAAGAUUUUCUCCAAUAUUGUCUUCAGAAAAUUAGUUUACACUACAGAACUGUCAGUUGCUUAGAAAAGAUUACCAGACUUUGUUUGGGAUGGAGGUACCUACAAAAUGAUCACUGGACAGUUGCUCUCAAUAAAUUUCACAAUUGAUUUGUAGUCGACUCACAUUUUAUAAGGUGGAUGAUCAUUUCAUGCUUAUGCAUCUGAAAAUCUUCCAUGGUCGUCCUUGCAAUUCCAAGAUCGCUCCCUUAUAUACCAACCCUUACUCCUUUACAGGUGGCUCUGACACCACAUCACUUCGUUGUCCAUGGUAUGCAGAUGCACAGCUUAGCCUCCAUGCCAGCAGAGAUGAAAUUGCACGACCUGGCAAUCAACAUUUGAAAUGACCAUUUUCUCUAAUCACUUAUUGACCAAAAAACUUAAGUUGAAGGGUGAAGACAAAUUUAAUUAUAUCAUCCAACACUCCCUUUCACUUGUGGGCUUGAAAUAUGAAGUCCCAAUAAAUGAAAAUCAAUAUUAAAUGGGAGGAAAUAACAUUGCAGGAGCUUGAACAUAGGACCUCCUUGGACCACCUGCUGUGAUACCAUCUUAAAUCACUGAUUGACCCAAAAGCUUAUGUUGAUGGGUGAAGGCAAAUUUAAUUAUAUCAUCGAACUCCCUCCAUCUUAAUUGAUCCCAUGAUCAAAUUAUGAGAUAUCUGCCACUUUCCCUUCAUCUGCUUCUUGAGGUUCUUCCCUAAUUUUAUCUCCCUCAGUAAUUAUCUAAUCUUCAUUAUCAGACUUGCAAUUCCUUUUUCUUCAAUUAUAUGCCACGAUUUAUUUUCCUUCGCUGCAGAAACCAAGCUCUCAGUUAUGCCUUCUUGGUUCUUUUACUCUAAAACAUAAUCAAAGACUCUCUUCUUGAUUGCUGCCUCCUUUCAACUCUAGAUUCAGGUUUGGGCCGAGGUCAUCAUACUCGGCCUUGAUUUCCACCCCUUGGCUAGCUGCUGUUACCUACAUUUCUACAAAAUUAAUCUAGGAACUAGCUGUCUGGUCUAGCCUAUGGGCAUCUCAGAUUUAUGCUUAACAAACAAAUCUCGAGCUUUUCAUAUUUGGUUUUGUGUAUCAUUGUUGUGUUCUUAACAUAUAAUGAUUGAAUUAUAUUCAUGUGAAUAUAUCCCUGUUUAUACACAUCUGGUAAAACAUACUUCUUUCACAAUGAUUCGGUAGUUUUUACUCAAAUUACUCUUUUUAGAUUCUAAUUUCUAAUAGACUCAUUCUCUCUCUUUCUACCUC